GGAGCCAAGCGAAGCGAGCGGAGAAGGUGGUGGCGUCUUACUAGAGGUCGCGGAACGGAGGCGGGCAAGCAGCAUGGCAGCAGCGUUAAUUCUCCGAGCCUCCGUUAGUUUGCUGCACAGGCAUGGGAAAGUCUGUGCAGACUGGCUCGCUCGGGUGUCUUAUAGGGCAAUGGCUUCCAAAACUCCAGUUGGAUUUAUUGGUUUGGGAAACAUGGGAAAUCCAAUGGCAAAAAAUCUUGUGAAACAUGGUUACCCCAUUAUCGCAUGUGAUAUAUUUCCAGAAGCAUGUAAGGAAUUUCAAGAGCUGGGUACCCAGGUGACUGAUUCUCCAGCAGAUGUAGCAGAUAAAGCAGAUAGGAUUAUUACAAUGCUUCCAUCAAAUCCUAAUGCAAUAGAAGUUUACAUAGGUACCAAUGGAAUUCUCAAGAAAGUGAAGAAAGGUUCUUUAUUAAUAGAUUCCAGUACUAUUGAUCCCGAAGUUUCAAAAGAGCUAGCCAAAGAAGCUGAAAAAAUGGGAGCUGUUUUUAUGGAUGCCCCUGUUUCUGGUGGUGUUGGAGCUGCUCGUGCAGGAAAUCUUACCUUCAUGGUCGGGGGAGUAGAGCAGGAAUUUGAUGCUACAAAAGAGCUGCUCACAUGUAUGGGUUCCAAUGUGGUCUAUUGUGGAGAAGUUGGAACUGGACAGGCUGCAAAAAUCUGCAAUAAUAUGCUGUUAGGCAUCAGUAUGAUUGGAACUGCUGAGACCAUGAAUCUUGGAAUCAGGUUAGGGCUUGACCCAAAGCUUCUGGCCAAAAUCUUAAAUAUGAGUUCAGGCCGUUGUUGGUCAAGUGAUACAUACAACCCUGUGCCAGGAGUAAUGGAAGGGGUACCAUCUAAUAAUAAUUAUCAAGGAGGCUUUGGAACAACACUUAUGGCGAAGGAUCUUGGCUUGGCCCAGAUUUCUGCCACCAACACCAAGACUCCAGUCCCACUUGGAUCCCUAGCCCAUCAGAUUUACAGGAUCAUGUGUGCCAAGGGCUAUGCCCAAAAAGACUUCUCAUCUGUACUCCAGUUUUUACGGGAAGAAGAAAGCUGGUGAAACCUUUACUGACUUUUAACUAGAGACAUUCUUUAAAAAAAACAUGUAUUUAGAACCUCUUUCAGAUUAAUCAAUAAAUACAUGAGUUUAAUCAAAGAUCAUGAAUCAUGAUCUCACCCACUUCUGUAUUCUAAAGUCACAGCUAACUGCAAGAUUUCCUAUCAUUUCAAAUACUGUGGAAAUUUUUUUUAAUAAUUUAUAUAUAACUUACUUUAUAAAAAAUGCAGUAAUAGGGUUUAAAGAAAACCCAGUAUAUUUGUAUUUACAUACAUACUUUGAAACAAUCCUUUUCCAAACUUGUAUCUCCAGAUAGGAUGGAUUUUUAGUUGCAUUGCAAAAUGGACAGGAGCUACUAGAUUGGGAAAAGUUUUUCUGAACUGUACAAGUAUAACGGAUUAAAGAGACUGAUCUUG